AUGGGUGCACUUCAAGAGCGCAUCCUUGGGAUUGCUGCAACAUCGGGAAGGAGUUCUGGCGAACUCUUGGCCCGAGUGAUCAUUGCGGGCGGCACCGCUACGGUUCUGUCCAGUGUGAGAACAGUUUCAUGGACGGAUGUCGAGUUCGUUGUGGCCAUCAUGUUCCGGUACUUCACAGACCUGAACGCCUUCAACGGAAUCGAUCCGAAUUGGAACGCUGCUCCCAGCACUGACUACGGUGUCAAUGUGGAUUUGCAGAAUUGCUUCACGUGUGUAGCACGUGGAUCGAUUCCUCCACAAGAGAAUGUGCAGACGAAGUUCAUCACUGGACCUCGAUUGACGUUCUGGCCACGCCUCCAAUCAUUCCCCUGCAGCGCGACGCCGUCGCAUGGCCAGACGCUGCGGCUUGACGGGGGUUGGGGCUCCCACGCGAGCAUGCGGGCACACUUGGAUGAUCAGGCCUCCGGCUCCUUGCAGGGCGGCAUCCCGAGCACCUACCUGACGGCCCGCAACCUGGACCUUUGCAGUGUUUGUGGCCUCACGGCAUGCCAACGAAAGCAGGGAGGGUGGCAGCUUGCCACCGUUGCAGAUCGCAAUUCGAUGACUGCAUGGGCUGAGCUUUGCAUGCUGCCUAAAGCCGUCCUGCGGCCUCCGCCACGGGGAGGGGCCCACCGUCAACUACAAACCUGUGCCUUCACCCAGCGUCGCUGCGCUCGCUGGCUCGAAGGAGAACGGCACGAGCUUUGGGAAAUCAACCGGCGGGGGGGGCCGCCCGUCGCUUUCGCCCCAGCAGUGCGGACAGCGAUGAUGACACUGAUGAGUCCCUCGACACUGGGCGGCAAGCCCGUUGCAUGGCCUUGGCUGCAGAGGGGGAACUUUCUCGGGCUUGCGCUUCGCUUGUUGACCCGCUUCUUCUGGAAAAAAAAGCUGUUGUCCUUGCAGCUCUCCGGGCGAAACACCCCACCGCCGCCCCAGCGCGGCCAAGUUUGCUUGGAUCUGGGCCUUGCCCCGCCGGAUCCACCCCGGACUUUUCUGUCGAAGAUGUCGUCAGGGCUGCCCGCAGCUUUCGCUGUGGUAGCGCUGCCGGCCCGUCUGGCCUUCGUGGGGAACACUUGCGGGAGGCCUUGGACAGCGCCCAUGGGGAUGAAGUUGCAGCCCACCUCACCCGAGUUGUGCAGCUGCUGGCGCGCGGAGAAACCCCCCCUGGAGUUGGCCCAGCACCUCGCCGGCGCCACUCUGCACGCCCUGCCCAAAGGGGCCGACGAUGUCCGACCCAUUGCUGUGGGGGAAACCCUCCGGCGCCUGGUGGCCAAGUGUCUGUGCUCUCAAGUGAAAGCCGAAGCUCGUGCCUGGUUGGCUCCCCUGCAGAUUGGCGUGGCGGUCCCACUUGGGUCUGAAGCAGCGGUGCAUUGCUCCCGGCACUGGGUCCAUGCCAACCGUAGCAACCCCAACAAAGUUUUCCUGAAGUUGGAUUUUGCGAAUGCUUUCAACACGGUGGACCGCGCAGCCUUGUUGAGGGAGGUGCGCCUCCGGCUCCCGGCCCUUUCCCCGUGGGCAGAGUGGUGCUACAGCCAUCACACAAAGCUGCUCUUCCAAGGAGAGGUUCUCACUUCAGAGGCCGGCGUGCAGCAAGGAGAUCCACUUGGUGACUGCGCGGCUGUCAGUGCUGCUGUGGGCCGGUUGGUGAACGCGGCGCGCCAGCUUGGGCUCCAGCUUAACGCCAGCAAGUGCGAGCUCACGACCCUGAAUGGCCCUCAGACCAACCUGGAUCCCAGCCUUUUCCCAGCCGGUUUCCAAGUUAACGAUACCGGAGAAUUUGUGCUUCUCGGGGCCGCGGUCGGGAGCCCCGGCUUUUGCCACCAGCACACGUUGCAACGGGCAGAGAAAACCAAGCCCCUCCUGCAAGCUCUGAGCAAAUUAGCCGACAGUCAGACCGCGCUGCUGCUGCUACGACAUUGUGCUUCGUGGUCGAAAUUGGUCUAUUCCUGCCGGGUCACCCCGCCGCCUUUUCACCAGGAUGCCUUGCAGAGCUACGACUCUGCGGUUCUUCAGUGUCUUGAACUUUGCUGCUCGGGGCCGCUCACCCCGGCAGCCUGCAUACAAGCAUCCUUAUCCACGAAAACUGGUGGCCUUGGCCUCCGAAGCGUGGUUCGUCACAGUGGGGCAGCUUACACUGCCUCUGUCCUGGCCACGCUUGGGACCUGCUCCCUGAUCCUUCAGCAAUACAGCCCAAGCUUGGACGCCAUCAUCUCCAACUUGAAUGGAACGUUGCUUGCUGCUGACCAUGUUCCUUUCCCACCGCCGCCUUCCCUUCGACAACAGGAUUUGUCACGGGCGGUGGAUCGGAACACGGCGGUGCAGCUUGCUUCUGCCUUAUCUGGGCCUGGGCAUGAAGCUGCGCGAGCACACCUUCAACUUUUACAAGAACCAGGGGCUGGCGCGUGGCUGCAGGCCUUGCCCUGUGCCGCGCUCGGGCUUCACGUGGACAGUGCGCUGUUCCGCAUCAUGGUUCGCCUCCGGCUUCGGCUCCAACUGCAUUCAGAAGAUGCCCCUUGCCGCUUCUGUGAUGGAGUCUGUGACACUUAUGGGGACCAUGCACGAGUGUGCCCCUGCGGAGGUGACCGCACCAAGAGGCACAACCGACUUCGCACAGUAGUGGCUACUUGGGCAGAAGCCGCGGGCUUACAUCCGGAAAUCGAAAAGCCUGGGCUUCUCCCCCCCCCCGGUGUGAACACAAUGGAGCUUCUGAGGAUGGCACUCGGCAGGGGAAUGGCCGCCGCCCUGCAGAUGUGUACAUCCCGCACUGGGGCCUUCGGGGGGCCGGCUGCCUUUGACCUGGCCGUCACUUCUGGGCUACGUACUGGUGCAACAGCUGGCUCUGCUCAAGAGGGCGGACGUUCCGCAGCAGAUUACGAGGCGCGCAAGCGUGCUCACCAGCAGACCGAGGCAUCCUGUGACGCGGCGGGGAUCCAGUUUGUUCCACUUGUUGCUGAAGCAUGUGCUGGAGGAUGGGCGCCCACUGCUGUCGCCACCUGGAAACAAGUGGCUCGUGCCGUGGCCGGCCGCGCUGGCGACAGUGCCUCGGUUCUUGUCGACCGACUUCAGCAGUCCCUGUCGUUGACCUUGCAGAGGGAAAAUGCUCGCGCGAUUCUUCGCCGAGCCGGCGACAACCCUUCUGCAGGGGCUUUGCAUUUCGACACUCCUUGA